AUGCCUGGGGAAAUCAUCGAUAAACCCAAUCCAAAACCGCUUCCGUCUCACCUACCUGAGGUAAUAGACCAACUGGCCGUUCAGCUAGCAAGAACAUCGCUAGACCAGAAUGUCAUUGAUUCUCUGCAGAGAUUCCAGCGUGCGGCGAACUAUAUUGCUGCCGCUAUGAUAUUCCUGCAGGACAAUGCAUGCUUAAAGCGAGAGUUGAAAUUUGACGAUAUUAAACCGAGAUUACUGGGCCAUUGGGGAACCUGCCCAGGGUUGACCUUUGUCUAUUCCCACCUGAAUUACUUGAUUUGCAAACAUGACCUUGACAUGAUAUAUGUCGUGGGGCCGGGUCAUGGCGCACCAGGAAUCCUAGCUGCGCUCUGGAUGGAAGGUUCUCUCGAGAAAUUCUAUCCAGGAUAUAGUCGAGACACGAAAGGCCUUACGAAGCUGAUCACUACGUUCAGUACCACGGGUGGAUUUCCAAGUCAUAUCAACGCCGAAACUCCAGGUGCAAUCCACGAAGGCGGCGAAUUGGGAUAUGCUCUAUCCGUUUCGUUUGGGGCGGUCAUGGACAAGCCGGAUUUGAUAGUCACAUGCAUUAUCGGUGAUGGCGAAGCAGAAUCUGGGCCGACAGCAGCGUCCUGGCACGGAUUCAAAUAUAUUGACCCUGCAGAAUCGGGGGCGGUGCUGCCCAUUCUCCACCUCAAUGGAUUUAAAAUCAGUGAACGAACCAUAUUCGGUUGUAUGGAUGAUCGCGAACUCAUCGCUUUGUUCGUGGGAUACGGUUAUCAACCACGAAUCAUCGACGAUUUGGAACAUGUUGACAUCGAUUUUCAUGGAGCACUAGAAUGGGCGUUGGAGGAAAUCCGCAAAAUACAACAGGCUGCUCGCUCCGGAAACCCGAUUAUGAAACCGCGUUGGCCUGUUUUGAUUUUGCGAACUCCUAAGGGAUGGACUGGUCCAAAACAAAUUCGUGGUCAAAUUAUCGAAGGUUCUUUCAAAGCUCAUCAAGUCCCUCUUCCUGGGGUCAAAAAGGACAAGGAAGAAUUGAAUGUGCUAAACGAAUGGUUGUCGUCGUACAAACCACAUGAGCUUUUUACAGAAGGCGGUGAUGUGAUAGAUGACAUUAAGGCUAUCAUCCCUCGAAAUGACUUGAAAAAGUUAGGGCAGCGAAGUGAUGUUUAUGAAUCGUACAGGACACUCAAACUGCGGGACUGGAAGGGAUUCCAUAUCGAGAAGGGCAAGCAGGAGAGCUCUAUGGAGAUUAUCGCCGAGUUCAUUGACCAAGUUUUCGUCGAUAACCCUCACUCUGUUAGGCUGUUUUCCCCAGAUGAGCUAGAGAGUAAUAAACUUGGUGGCGCACUAGCACACACGGGAAGAAAUUUCCAAUGGGACCAGUUUGCUAAUGCACAGGGUGGUCGCGUAAUUGAAGUAUUGAGCGAACAUAUGUGCCAGGGGUUUUUGCAAGGGUAUACAUUGACAGGUCGAGUGGGCAUUUUCCCUUCAUAUGAGAGUUUCCUCGGCAUUAUACAUACAAUGAUGGUUCAAUUUUCCAAGUUCACCAAAAUGGGCAGAGAGACCGUGUGGCGCCGUGAUAUUGCCAGUAUCAAUUACAUCGAGACAAGCACAUGGACUCGACAAGAGCACAAUGGAUUCUCGCAUCAAAAUCCAUCGUUCAUUUCAGCAGUGUUGAAUCUGAAACCAAACGCAGCCCGCGUUUAUUUACCACCGGACGCAAACACAUUCCUUUCCACGUUAAACCAUUGCUUGAAGUCCAAGAACUAUAUCAAUCUCAUGGUUGGGUCCAAGCAGCCCACGCCUGUAUUUUUAGGUCCAGAUGAAGCUGAAUGCCACUGUCGCGCGGGCGGUUCGGUGUGGAAAUUCGCAUCUACCGAUGAAGGAAAAGACCCGGAUGUGGUGCUUGUUGGCGUCGGUACAGAACUCACAUUCGAAGUCGUCCGGGCAGCCGCCCUACUCAGGGAACGGGUUCCAGAAUUGCGCGUGCGUGUAGUUAAUAUCACGGAUUUAAUGAUUCUUAGCAGGGAGACCAGUCACCCGCAUGCCCUGUCAGACGAAGCAUUCGACGCUCUCUUCACCAGCGAACGUACGAUCCAUUUCAAUUAUCAUGGGUAUGAGACUGAAUUGAGGGGACUUCUCUUUGGAAGGUCGCAGAUGGAACGGGUUACAAUUGCAUCAUACAUGGAAGAAGGAAGUACCACGACACCAUUUGAUAUGAUGCUGAUCAACCGAGUUUCUCGAUUCCAUGUUGCACAGGCUGCAGUUCGUGGUGGUGCCAUCAGGAACGAAGAUGUUAUGAUAAGGAGAUGCGAGCUGCUUUCUGAGUUUGACCAUAAUAUGAAUGAGACGAGGAAGUAUAUAUUGCAGCAUCAUAAGGACCCUGACGAUAUGUAUGACACGCCAAAAUUUUCUUGA